GCCAGCGGCAACCAGACCCUGGGCAGGAUGCCCCGGCAGCCCCUGGAGCUGCAAGUGGUCACCAUCCUGCUGGUGCUGGUCAUCUGCGGGGUGGGCAUCGCGGGCAACGUGAUGGUGGUGCUGGUGGUGCUGCGCACCAAGCACAUGGUGACCCCCACCAACUGCUACCUGGUGAGCCUGGCGGUGGCCGACCUCAUCGUGUUGCUGGCGGCUGGGCUGCCCAACAUCUCGGAAGUGGUGGCUUCUUGGGUGUACGGCUAUGCCGGCUGCCUCUGCAUCACCUAUUUGCAGUACUUGGGCAUCAACAUCUCCGCCUGGUCCAUCACCGCCUUCACGGUGGAGCGUUACAUCGCGAUCUGCCACGCCAUCAAAGCGCAGCUCCUGUGCACCGUGUCCCGCGCCAAGCGCAUCAUCUCCUCGCUCUGGCUCUUCACCUCCGUCUAUUGCCUCAUGUGGUUCUUCCUGGUGGACACGACCCAGGUCACCUUCUCGGAUGGGGCACAGGUCAGCUGUGGCUACCGGGUCUCCAGAAGCCUUUACAUGCCCAUUUACUUCUUGGAUUUUGCCGUCUUCUACAUCAUCCCGUUGGGCCUGGCAAGUGUCCUCUAUGGUCUCAUUGCCCGCAUCCUCUUCAUGAGCCCCCUGCCCGCCACCCCACAGGACUCCUGCUUGGGCUCCACGCACCAGGGCGGCUCCCUCAAGCUCUCCUGCCGGGGCAACAAAGGGGCCCUGAGCUCCCGCAAGCAGCUCUCCUCAGUGCUGAUUAGGCUCAUUUUUCACAUGAACACCAGAAGUAAGUUCAGAGCACCUCAAAUGUCAG